AUGGCAGAUGGCGCCGCCGUACGCAUCUUUAACCUCAUCGAUGAGGGCAAGCUUGCUUCGGCAGAGGGGCUGCUGGAGGCGGCACUGUCAAAGCACCCCGACAGCCACGCGGUGCUGGCGGCAGAGGCGUUGCUGCUGCUGAAGACAAACCAACUGGAAAAGGCGAAGGAGAAGGCGGAGGCGCUAAGCGAGCAGAACGUCGUGGACAAGGAUGCAAUAAGUGCCCUUGUUCACGUGCUCGGGCACUGCUGUAGCUGGGAGGCGCUGGCACGCACGUAUGAGCGUAUGAAGGGUGUUCAAAAUGAGCGGAAUAUGAUGGAGAACUUGGCUCAGGUCUACGUGCGUAUGGGGUCCUAUGAUGCGGUGCAGCAGACGGCGGUGCAGCUUUAUCGUAAAUGGGGGGAUGUGCGGUACCAGGUGUGGGCAGUGCAGGCAAAUUUGUGCCAGGUCCCACCCGAGGCGACGGACCACCUUCUGCUUAAGCUUUCCGCAAAAAUGCUUGACGAGAGUAUCUUGAAAAGCAACGACCUCAUCACCCCUUCCACGUCGCGGAUGUAUGUUGAGGUGCUUCAGCAGCAGCGGCUGUACAGUGAAGCUGUGGCGUACCUUUGCAGCACUCGGGGGGCGGCGGUGGGGGUUCCCGAGGCUCGACUGGAGCUCUUGGCGGCCACGCUGCGUUGCAAAAGCGACUUGGGCAAGGCCAAUGCGGUGGCGAGGCAUCUCUGGCACCGUCAACCGGACAAUUGGACGUUUGUGGAUUUGUACCUGAACACGCUCUCCGAAGAGGAGGAGAACCCCACCAACGCCGUCCUGAGACUGGAUGGCCCCAAGGAGGAGAACCGCGUCGUCGUUCAGCUGUCCGAGAGGGAUCACACGCUGGCGGACGCGCUGCGCCUCUGUCAUAGCUUGCAGUCUACACCCGCGUCGGCCGGAGCCAAGCGACCGUGCCGUGGCCCGUUCAUGGCGGAGCUAGAGGUUCUUUCGCGCCAGGGGGCCACCGAGGCCCUGCAGCAAAAAACGGUCGCCUACGCGAAACGCUUCUACGCCAAUGCGUGUUGUUUCUUGGAUGUUUCGACGUACCUGGACGGCACCUCAGCCGCGGCCAUUUAUGCCUGGGCCUCGGCGGAGAUGAGUGCGGAGGAGGACGUGCUGCACCACCACACACGGCGAAUUCUUGGACUGCGCUGCCACGUGGCCAUGUGGGGUGCGACACGCGAGCAGCAGCCGGAUCUCACCUCGAUGGAGGACCUCUUGAAAGUGUGCUGCAGCGCAUACGCCGAGACGAAGCCGCUCUCUGCUCAUCUUGCAUGGAGUGAGGAGGGCCUUCUUGAUGGGUACAUCACCAUUGCGCUUAACAUUGUCUUGCACGCCUAUUAUGCGACCCGUGAUUUGGAGUGGGUGAAACGAGGGCUUUUGUUACUCGAGGCUGUGGAUCGUAGGCAAAACAAUCCGACUUGGCUCAUUUAUUCCGUUUGUUUUGCUCGCCUGCUUGGUCUGGCGGAUGUGGAGGCCUGGCGCCAGCUCGCCUUCAAGAGUGUGCAGCACGACACAAUGUCACACGCUGGUUACUGGCCGCUCUUGGAAGGCGUUGCGGUGGACGAGGCUUGCCAGUGGAAUGAACUUGCCUGGGAGCACUAUCGCGCGCUAGAAAGGGACUGCAGUCUGCUCCGCUGGAAGGUGUUUGCGUUUGCCUCAUGGCCGGCCAUGAAGGACCUCCAGGAGUACGAACGGCGCCAGACGAAUUCUGUCGCGAGAAUUGUGUGUGCGGUGCACCGCGUAGCUGCGGCGUUGCGGCGUUGCCAGACGCAGCGCAACGUGUUUGAUCUCAUGCGGUCGGAGGAGCGCACAAUGGCUGAGGCGCUUGCGGCCCUUCAGGUCUCGCGGGAGGCGGAGCUAACCGACAACACCGACUGGGUGGUGGCACGGUCCCUGGUGCUGGGGAACAUCCACGAGGAGAAGGUGCGAGCGCUGACGGACGAGUUGUUUGGCAUGCCCACCAAGGAGCAACGCAUCCAUCACACGCGUCAGCUGCUGGGCAGCCUCAUGCUUUUGCACGACAUCGCGUUACUCGAGGAACACCGCCUGCAAGUGGCAAACGCUAUGAAGCCGAAGAGGGCAAAAAAGCCUGUGGCCCAGCUCCCGGCACAAGCUCCUCUGCCGACACUUUUGUGCAAGGAGCACUCCGACGCGCUGCCGACGCUCCCUGUAAUAGGCGCCAUUGCACCGGCCCUUUUGGAGUUCGUGAGGGCGCAGGGUGAGGGCGCAGUCGUUCCAUACACCACCGCCAUUCAGGAUGCGCUGCUGACUACUGUGGGAUCGCCGCAGGUCCACAGCUUCCUGUUUCCCGAGGCGUUUAUUUUGACUGCGCUUCUACAGGUUGGUACCGUGUCCAGGUUGCCCAUCUCCGCGUGGUCCAAAGACCUCCAUAACGCUCUCCAAAAGCUACAGGCGUUUCACCGCGAUGACGUGGCAGCAACCGCACAGGGGCACGUAAAGAAGUUGUUUGAGGACAAGGCAUUACGCGUGAGGACACUUUCAAGUGAUUUGCUACGCGACGUUCUUGCUGCAAGUCGCCGACGGUGA